GGAAUUUUGUACAAUUCUGAGGUAUAUAAAAUCGCGUGAUCGACUUUUUGUUCAUCACAUCACUUCCAUCAGAAGAAUCCAUCGUAUUUACAUCAACAAUGAAGGUGAUAAUAGCUUUAGCCGCUUUGGUUGCUGUAGCAACUGCUGCACCACAAGCGUAUCCAUAUCAACAAAAUUUGGACACCGACAAAGACGCCGUUGUACUCAAAUACGACAGUGAAAACCUUGGAAUUGACCACUACAAUUAUGCAUAUGAAAUCAGCAACGGAAUUUCUUCUCAAGAAAACGGAGAAGUUGUCAAUACUGGUGCUGAAAACCAAUCGAUUGUAGUACGUGGACAAUACUCGUUCGUUGCUCCUGAUGGAAACACUUAUACCGUUAGUUAUGUUGCUGAUGACAACGGUUUCCAACCCCAGGGUGCCCACAUCCCACAAAACACGAAAUAAAAAAAGAAAAAAGGAAAUGCGCGCGACCUCUGACUGGAAGAUAUAAUGCCAAUUCUUGGCUCAUGUUAGACAAACAAAGUUAUAGGUGUAAUUACAUUGUACAGCAAAUUAUUUAUAUGUGAGUUGUUAAUAAUAAAUUGAAUGUGCCAUAAAAGAUGCACAAAAAUUA